AUGGGAAAUCCAUUCAAUUCCAAAGCACCAGAUAGUGCACGUACAGGUCCCAUGUCCUCACUCAGCGUACAGUCUUAUCACCAGGAUUCUCCGCCAUUUACGGGCCAAGCGAAUGAUGAGAAGAUACCUGCGAUAAAUCUGGGUAGCGCGGAGAACAGCACAGAGAAUACCACAGAAGCAUCUUCACACUCUAGUUCUCACUCCACUUCACCCUCCUCUCAGUUCCACAAUCACCUCAAAGGAAAAGCAGCUUUCUCGCCCAUGUACUCUCCUAGACCCGAUGGCAGCGCACAGCCAUCGCCGCACCCAAUGCUGUCAGACCUCCCGAGCUCAGCAGCCAACGCUAUUGCUGAGAGGGCUCUCAGACCUUCGAUCCAAAGAGAGUCAUCUGAGAUUGGCGUAGCACGCGACCGCGUACCUAAAGAGCCUCUCAUUGCUCCCGAGUUUGAUGACAAGGGGAAGUCUGAGCAGGUGGAGCUAGAAAAGUCGCCCAAGAAGAAUGACGCCACUGUCAAACCACCCGUCACCCCAAAUCCAUUCUCUCGAGAAGGCAGCCCACCUGACAUGAGAGAUGGAGCAGAUUUGUUUGGCGACGAUGGCUAUGUCUUCCCCAAGCACAAACUCAAGGGGAUGAUGGAGGACGAAGAGAAAAUACCUCUUGUGAUCGUAGCUUGUGGCUCAUUCAGCCCGCCUACUUACCUCCACCUGCGCAUGUUCGAGAUGGCAUCCGACCAGAUACGCGAGAAAGGCAAGUUUGAGAUACUCGGUGGAUACUAUUCGCCAGUAUCAGACGCAUACAAAAAGUCAGGUCUGGCCGCAGCCCAGCAUCGCGUGAUGAUGUGCCACUUGGGCGUUGAGUGCACAUCUGAUUGGCUCAUGGUGGACCCGUGGGAGGCAAACAAGAAGGAGUUCACACGCACAGCUCACGUACUCGAUCAUUUCGACCAGGAGAUCAACGAGUGCGAUGAAUAUGGAGUAAAAUUACGCGAUGGCUCUCGCCGCAAAGUGCAGAUAAUGCUCUUGGCAGGUGGGGAUCUGAUUGAAUCGUUUGGUGAGCCUGGAGUGUGGUCGGAGGAUGAUCUGAAUCACAUACUCGGCAAAUUCGGAGCACUAAUCGUAGAGAGGACAGGAAGCGACGUAUGGGCGUUCUUGUUGUCACAUGAUUUGCUAUAUAAGCAUCGACGGAAUGUAAUUGUGGUGAAGCAGCUCAUUUACAAUGACAUAUCGUCGACGAAAGUAAGGCUUUUCGUUAGGAGGGGAAUGUCGAUUAGAUAUCUACUGCCAUCGGCGGUAGCGGCGUACAUACUGAACAACAAGAUAUACAUGUAA